AAGAACUUCAGACCACUACUGGAUCAAUGGAGCUCCAGUUUCAGCGGCAACAGCAGCAGCAGCAGUGCCAGUACGAGGCGGUGCCGGCGAGCAAGGCGGCGGCGAAAGCGAGGAGUAGCAAGUGCAAGUUCGUGGGGGUGAGGCAGAGGCCGUCGGGGAGGUGGGUGGCGGAGAUCAAGGACACCACGCACAAGAUACGUGUGUGGCUCGGCACGUUCGAGACCGCCGAGGAGGCCGCGCGCGCCUACGAUGAGGCCGCCUGCCUUCUCAGGGGCUCCAACACACGCACCAACUUCGCCGCGCCUGUCCACGCCGCCGCCUCGCCGGCGUCCCCGCAGCCGGACUCGCCGCUCGCGUCCAGGAUUCGCACCCUCCUCACCCACAAGAAGCUCAAGAAAAACACCGUGCCGCCGCCGGCGUUGUCCCCUCAGAAGGCUGCCGUCCCUUUCGCUCCCGGGACAACGACGUAUCGCCACGCCAGCGACAUCGUCGCGGCCGGUAGUAAUGUCAGCCCAGGAAGCACCAGCAGCACCAGCUCCAGCAUCAGCUUCGCCGUGAGCGGCACUGGAGCGGCCGAUCACCGCACUCCCAGUCCCAGCCUUUCUAGCCACAUGACUUACCAGUGGGUCAACAACGGAAGCGAAGAACUCCACCUGACGUCGCAACACCUCGAACAUCAGCCAUGGCCAGCAGUGCUCACCGUCCCGCCGCUCGCCGGCGGCAACAACCCUCACUGCCCGGUUAUCGCGAACACGAGGAGGACCGAGACGCAAGAUGACUCUGCGUCCGCAUCUGCGUCGCCCGACGGUGCGGCCAUGAGCGGGGUUGUGCAGGGGCGGGAUGACGGAUUCGACAUCGGGAACGAUCCCUGCGACUCCCUGUGGGAUCUGCCCCCGAUCUGUCAGCUCUCCUGCAGGUCGAUCAUGUACUAGAUGUUGUUAAAGGUUUUCGCCGCAAAAUCUUGGGGGGCGUUUAACCUUUUUGGGGUCCAUUUUCUGCUACCGGGAGCCAAUUCCAUACGAAAAGGGUGUAUGGGGAAUGAUGGCCAGCAAGCAGAGCAAUGUGACGGCGGAUUGUGUCUUGGGUCUAGAUGAUGAGUGGUUUUUUUCGAAGUGUUGGUCUAUUUUUCCUCUUUCUUUCUCUACAGUUUUGACUUCUCUUUUCUCAAAGAAAAGUGCCAUAGAGUGUAUCACCCUUGUGAACGACAAUAAUGUAAUUUUUUGGUGGAUAAUUCUUAGAUUUAAUGAAGUAAUGAUAACCACUUCUAAACCAUUUUUCGACAAGAAGUCAUGAUUUCGAAGGGGAUAGUGCUGA